GGAUUUUAAUGAUCUUAGUUUGGUAGUUGAAUUGCAAAGUGGAUCGAAUAGUUACUUAUAUCAAAGUACUGAAAAAGAUUUGUAUGAUAAUAGUAGUUGUGAGGAUGAUAAACCAGAAGAUAGUGAAUUGAGAGAAUUUACAGCUUUAAAUUUGGCAAUUGCAAAUAAUUCUAGUCAAGUUUUUGAAGAACUUUUACAACAAUUUAUUGAAAAGCAAAAUAAUUUUAUAGCUCAAAAUAAUAUGUCUACAGAAUCUUCUGAAGAUUCGAAUAGCAUAUAUAAUAUUACAGAUCCGAUUCAACAUAAAGGAAAAGAACAAUCUACAAAUAAAAGAUACUUGUCAGCUAUUGAGAAUUAUUCUCUAUAA